AUGUUCAUAACUAACGUCUUGUUGAAAAAAGCUAAGAGCAAAUACAUAAUGGUGCUUAUGGAAAGUGCAGUGUCAGGACACAAAUUUAAUGCUAUUAGGGAACGGCUGGCUGACAAACUUGAACUUCUUCGCUAUGAUCCAUACAUUCAACACGAAAGCUUGUACAAGGAAAGAAAGAAGAUAAGGAGCAUAAAGUCAUAA